AUGGGGUCUGUCUACACGCCGGCUAAUCCAAAGACGCGUGCUGGGCCUGGCUACAUUCUCACCAGCCAUCAUACUAUCACUUGGGCCUGGCUACAUUCUCACCAGCCAUCACACAAUCAUAUCUCCCCUCAUACGUCGGGACGCACCCGGCCACGUAUGGGGUCUGUCAACACACCGGCUAAUCCAAAGACGCGUGCGACCUCACACUGGGCCUGGCUACAUUCUCACCAGCCAUCACACAAUCAUAUCUCCCCUCAUACAUCGGGACGCACCCGGCCACGUAUGGGGUCUGUCAACACGCCGGCUAAUCCAAAGACGUGUGCGACCUCACACUGGGCCUGGCUACAUUCUCACCAGCCCUCACACAAUCAUAUCUCCCAUCAUACGUCGGGACGCACCCGGCCACGUAUGGGGUCUGUCAACACGCCGGCUAAUCCAAAGACGCGUGCGACCUCACACUGGGCCUGGCUACAUUCUCACCAGCCCUCACACAAUCAUAUCUCCCCUCAUACGUCGGGACGCACCCGGCCACGUAUGGGGUCUGUCAACACGCCGGCUAAUCCAAAGACGCGUGCGACCUCACACUGGGCCUGGCUACAUUCUCACCAGCCAUCUUACUGUCACUUGGGCCUGGCUACAUUCUCACCAGCCAUCUUACUGUCACUUGGGCCUGAGCAUAAUCACAAUAUGAGGGGUACGUGGGGUAGUGCGUAUAGCACUGUAAACUAA